AGUUAUUAUUUCACCGUCAGGCAUUUCUUUGCCAGUGGAACCUAAAAUUGCACCAAUUUUUUUAGUGAAGGAACAGGCCUGACCAAUGAAUCAGGCAUCGGUGAUUCCCUAGAUAACUAUGAUGAUGGCUCGGCCCUAUCCAUCAUUAAUCUGUCCUCAGCUAUCUUGACUGAAGAUGAACUUCAGGUCCUAAAAUUAGGACUUACUUUUUGUCCUGACUCUAAACUAGACAAAUUUGACUUCAUUAAAGAUGUACACCUCUUUGCUCGCAGACUCAUGUACAAAGUAUUAUUUGAUAAACCCACACACUCGCUAGAUCUAUCUGUAUCUAUUCCCAUGGAAAGAAUUGCUGAACAGCAAGCCCUAAUGCAAUUACAGGAACUAUGGGAGGAGGGUCACACCUCUGAUGAUGAAAUGUUACUAGACACACCCCCCACCUUAUCCAUCGGAGGUGUUACCUUCCCUCCAAUUCAGUCAUUCAAACCCAAAUCUAGGAAUUUUCCUCCUCUAAACACCAAUCCAAAUAUUUGGGCUUUUGUACAACAGGUAACUCACAAGAUCGAAACUCGUAAACUUCAGUGUUCUAACAUAUCAAAUCUCACCCCUACUCAAAUUGAGGCGAUUAAUUCUCUACAAAAUAACAAAAGUAUUAUUAUUAAGCCAGCAGACAAAGGGGGAAACCUGGUGAUUAUGAACACUGAACAAUACGAACGUAUGUGUACCAAAAUUUUGGCAAAUGCAGACUGGUACCGACCAAUUUCAAGGACGGUACUAGAAAACUUUAGUAAUAAAUUUCGAACUAUUAUCUCUAGAGCCCUAUUUCAGGGAACUAUAGAUAAAGACACUUGGAAGUUCCUAAACACAAAAGACCCUAGAGUUCCAACAUUUUAUGCUCUACCCAAAACCCAUAAAUCGCUCAUUGAUCCACCGGGCCGACCCAUAAUUUCGGGUUGUGCUGGUCUCACUGAAAAUGCUAGUUCCCUUGUUGAUUGCUACCUCUCCCCACAUGUCGUAUCGUUAAGUUCUUACAUCAAAGACACUAUUGAUCUGUUAAGAACCCUAGAGGGCAUUACUCUUCCCAGGGGCACCAUUCUGGUGGCCUUGGAUAUUGAGAGUCUUUACAACUCUAUACCGCACCAGAAAGGUCUGGAAGUUGUAAACAGCUUCAUAGCUGAAAGAGGUCCACUAACUUCCAGAUAUAAUACCUUUAUCUUGGAGUUGUUGGGCUAUAUUUUAAAACAUAAUGUUUUUGUCUUUGGUUCUUCCCACUACCUCCAGGUACAGGGGGUUGCGAUGGGGACUAAAUGUGCCCCAUCGUAUGCCAACCUGUACCUGGGGGGGUGGGAAAGAAGCCUCUUUUCAAGAGACGACCUUGCCCCAUUUCUGGACAAGGUCGUCUCUUGGUAUCGAUAUAUCGAUGACGUUCUCCUUUUCUGGACAGGAACAGAAUCGGAAUUGCGAGAUUUUGUCACCGCGAUAUCUGACAACGAAUUUAACCUUAGGUUCACUAUGGACCACAGCAGCACGGAGAUUCAUUUUCUCGAUCUGACGGUGUCCAUUGAUGAACAGGGCAUGAUCUUUUCUUCCCUCUAUAGGAAACCCACUGCAGGAAACACGAUCCUGCACGCAGGAAGCGCUCACCCUGAAUCACUGGUGAAUAGCAUCCCCUACAGCCAGUAUUUACGUAUAAGACGUAACUGCAGUAGGGAUGAGGAUUUUCGGAUCCAUUCAACCAAUCUGUAUCACAGAUUGAAGCAACGAGGUUAUAGCCAUAGAUGCCUUAAAAGAGCUUACAAUAGAGUGAAACCACAACAAAGGAGUUCUCUCAUUUUCUCUAAAGGACCCAAAAAAACUAAGUAUAACAACCAAAAACCGGACACUGUGCGCAUUAUCACCCGCUAUUCCAGCCAGCACAGAGAUAUAAAAAAUAUUCUCAAACAAUUUUGGCCCUUACUCUGCGCUGACCCUUAUAUAAGCAAAUUUGUGCAGAACUACCCAGAAGUCACUUAUCGCAGGGCUCCCUCACUCAGGGACCGGCUUGUUCGAAGUCAUUUUUUCCCGACUCCUGACAUUUCAAAAGAGAUCUCCCGCAGAGGAGGCACUGCACCCUGUGGUGGUUGUGAUAUGUGUCCCUAUGUAGCUAACUACACAAAAUUUAAACUGCCUAAUGGUCAAUGGCAUACAACCAAAACUUUAGUGACAUGUCAAACAUUGGGAGUGAUUUAUCUUGCCCAAUGUAUAUGUGGUUGUUUCUAUGUGGGAAAGACCAAAAGAUGUUUCUGCAUAAGAAUUGGUGACCACAUUAAACCCAUCUUUAGAAAGAAAAUAGUUACUGCUAUUGGUUCACAUAUCGCCACCUCUCACAACUUUGAUUCAAAGGUGUUUACCUUUAUGGCUCUGGAUCACAUCCCCCCCGAUCUUAGGGGUGGCAGUGUGGAUUCAGCGCUAUUACAAUCAGAAGCUCGAUGGAUUUAUAGUCUCCAAGCUACACGAUACCCUGGCUUGAAUGAGAAUUUGAGCUUUAAAUCCUUCCUGUAAAGAUAUUGGUCCUUAUAUGCUCUUGUUUUUUGUCGCCCCCCCUUACCAACUUUGGUCGGUGCUUUUUGUUUCCAUUCAUCGGAUCAAUAUGUAUGCAUACCCCUUUUCUUCACCCCCUCUCUCCUUCUUUAUGAAUUUCCCCAUUUUCUUUUUUUUUUUUUUUUUUUUUUUUUUUUUUUUGUCCAAUCUACUCUUUCCCUCUUUUCAAUGCAUAAUUAACUGGGGCAUUUCUUAGGAUACAGGAUAACAUCUUGUUCCUUUAACAUUGUUGAAUUAUAUUGUUGAAUUAUGAAUUUAUAGUAGGUACACUGUAACCAUACUAUAUGAACUAUUUGUUUUUAUUUUCAACCAAAAAUCAGCUCUAUAGUCAUAUGUUUUUUACAUAUAUAAUAUCUAUAACAUCUACACAAACUACUUCAAUCAUAUGUACUAAUUUAAUGGUUCCACAGUUUUCUGGCCACAUCCAAUAUUUUGAGGCCCUCAGCCUGAUAGUGGAUAUCGGGCUGGGCUUCAACUUUCUUUCCACUGUUUUGGGCACAUUUGGCGAUGUGUCGCAGUUUCCUCCUUGGUAUGGCCAAUUGUGCAGUUUGUUUAUUGGCCACAAGGGCGCUCGGGGAGUUUAGUGUUAGCCUCCACACUCACUCCCCUUACCACAGCUGAUUUUCCCCUAUGCAAUGUCGUUAGCAAUCUUCCUUUUUUGUCGGUAAUACUGACAACACAGCCCCUGUCCAUCUGUGAUCAGCUUGUCUUGUUUGCUGUGUGCAUUGUCACACAUACUUUCUUGAGCCCACUUGUCCACUGAUGGGGUUAAAUUUUCUCCCCACCGUUUGACAUAGUGAGCUCUCUGCUUGAUCCAUUCCACCUGUCAUCCCAUCAAGCCUCCUCACGCUGCAGGUGUAUUGCACGCAUUGCUUUGGGACUUGUUUCAGCUGUGAUUGGCCCACCCGAUAUCAUGUGAUGCUUACACGUCACACAUCGGGUUAGGACAGCCUAUUUAAACGGCAUUUUGCUGCACACCCAGUGCAGAAUGCCGCAGGGUCAUAUGUUCAGUGAGCACUCUUGUCCUUAAUGCUUUGCAGUUCCCCUUCUGGAUCAAGCAGCUGAUUUCUUCUGGCUUUAUACACACUAAGCUUAUUGUGACUUUGCAACACUGCCUGCGAUCCUUAUAUAGAUCUUAUACAGGAUCAUGCACAUGACCAUUUUCACCUCGGCGGUUUUCUGUGUUUGUCGCUAGUUGUGGGCAACUCGUGGUUGCAUAUUUUGACUGGAUAUCGCUCCCUCCCCUGAAGAAGCGGAAGUCCGCGAAACAUGUAGGGUCUAUGCGAUUUCCUUUUCCAGUUGCAUCCAU